AUAUAACUUUCCCUAUGAGUCAAAAAGUAGUACGUUAAACUUAAGUUUAAAAGUGGGGACGUAAAAAUAUUUCCAAAGUUAGUCGCUGGGAUGGGGUACCAAAACAUUGCAUGGAUUGUGGUUGUCACCGCCGCCACCGUAUAUUUCCUCAACAUUCCACCACCGCCACUUUCAUCGACGCUGCUCAACUGGCAAAAGAAAGGGGAUAUCUUCAAAUAUAAGGGAUUUGAUAUAUUUUUUAUAGUUGAGGAAGGAAUACCAAGCGAUGGAAGCACCCUUGUGUUGAUCCAUGGAUUUCCCACCUCCAGCCAUGAUUGGAGCAAGAUUCUUGGUGGUAUGAAAUCACAGUUCAGCAAAAUCAUUAUGCUGGAUAUGUUGGGAUAUGGAUUCUCAGAUAAGCCGCUUGACCACGACUACCUAAUUACGGAACAGGCGGACAUUCACGAGGCUCUGCUGACGUCACUUUCCAUACCACGCGCACACGUGAUGUCACAUGACUACGGCGACACCGUGGCCUUGGAACUGCUUCAUAGGUUCGACAACAAAGAAUCAAAAUUUCAGCUUGAAUCAUUGUGCAUGUUGAAUGGCGGCGUGUUUCCGGGGACACAUUCCCCUUUAAUAGGCCAAACGCUUCUUUUGAUGCCUGUUCUUGGGUCCGUACUGAGCCAUUUUACCUUCUACCGGAUUUAUGAAAGGAGCAUGUCAAAGGUAUUCGGAGCAGACACCCAGCCAACUUCUGAUGAAAUGAUGGAUUUCUACGCAAUAGUCCAGCGGAAAAAUGGCAACAUCGUUAAUUCAAGGUUAAUAAAAUAUAUCACCCAACGAGCAGAAAACAAGGACAGAUGGGUCGGGGCACUCGUGAAGACGAAACUUCCAGUUCACAUGAUAUAUGGGCCAUCUGAUCCAGUUAACAGUGGAUACGCCUUCGUUGAUCAUUACAAGAAAGUAGUGCCAUCCCCGAGUAUUACUGUACUAGACGCAGCGAUUGGACACUACCCGCAGUGGGAGGAUCCGAAUGCCGUCUUCGAAUCAUACAAGUCCUUCUUACAGUCCAUCAAAAAGACUUAAAUUCUCACUUCAGGUCCAUCAUAAACCUUGGAAUCAUUCCACCAGUGCAUAAAAUGUCUUGAAAUUAAUCCACCAGACCAUUUAGGAUAAUUGAAAUCAUUAUAUCAGUCCAUCAAAACGCAUUGAAAUAAAAUUUAAUAAAUCAAUCAGUCCAUCAAAAAGCAUUGAAUAAUUCCCUCCAGUCCAUCAAACGCAUUGAAAUCACCUAACCAGUCCAUUUAGACGCGUUAAAAUCAAUCCACAAGUUCAUUAAAGAUGCACUAUUACUCCCAACUAAGUUUUACCAUGUUUAAUACAAUUGUUUUAAUUUACCCAAAAGGAUUAAUUAAUGUCAAAAGAAUGGUUCCUAUGAAGGAUACUGUGUUUAAUUUGAAAGAACGGUGCAGAAAACACGGCAAUCUACCUUAUGAAUCAAUACUAGAUCGCAGUAAAUCUUUUAGCAUUCACCAAUCAUUUAAUAUUUUUGCGUUUUCAGCUUUUGAAUACACGGUAAUAAACUUGUUACCAGUAAUAAAUAUUUAAUAUUUUCAUGUAUGCAUCAUCUAGUAAUAAGAAGAUUUAUUA